UUUCCUCUGCCAUCCAUGCGAAAACAAGAUGUCGGCAGGUACGGAUGUGGUCUGAAUAUUUUGUGUAGUUACAGCGGCUUGAAUCAAGACAAAGUGGAAGGCCAGGGAGAAGUAGGUGGUGCUUCUCAAGCUUUCCCUCAGCGAAGGCAACAAGAGACGCCACGACAGUACCCCACCAAAAGUAACUACCAUGAACCUGUGUUGAGCAACAAAGGCAGUGGACUUCAGAGUAGUAGUAGUGGACGAGCCCAACAGAGAUGGGUUCCACCAAGCUCAACCAACAGACCUGAAUAUCACACCAACCAAGAAAGGCAUAAUCACAUCUUUAGGCGUGUCAGAGGGAUUCUGAACAAGCUCACCCCUGAAAAGUUUGACAAGUUGGUUCUUGAGCUCCUCAAUGUAGGAAUCGACUCAAAAGUUGUACUCAAAGGCAUCAUUCUCUUGGUAUUUGACAAAGCUUUAGAAGAACCCAAGUACAGUGCCGUGUAUGCUCAGCUAUGUAAGCGAUUGGAUGAAGACGCACCUAGCUUUGAGCCUCCGGGCUCAACCAGUAGAACUUUCCGGCGCCUGCUCAUCAAUAAAUGUCAGGAUGAGUUUGAGAACCGAUCGCAAGCUUUUGCAGCCUUCGAAAACAAAAAUGGCAAUCUCACACCGGACGAGGAGGAGCAACGUCACAUCACCAAGCAGAAGAUGCUGGGUAACAUCCAGUUUAUUGGUGAACUCGGCAAACUGGAAAUGCUACAUGAGUCCAUACUGCAUAAGUGCAUUAAACAGCUGCUGUACAAACGAAGCAGUGAGACAUUUCGAGAGAAGGCGGAGGACUUGGAGUGUUUGUGUAAGAUAAUGAAUACAGUGGGCCGGAGACUAGACCAUGACAAAGCGAGGUCUUGGAUGGAUCAGUAUUUUGAGCGCAUGACCCGUUUCUCAGAAGCUCCCGAGUUGCCAGCGAGAAUUCGCUUCAUGCUACAGGAUUGUCUGGAGCUGAGACGCAACAACUGGGUGCUUCGACAUUGCGCCGUUGUGCAAGGUCCAAGGACAAUACGUCAAAUCCACCAAGACGCUUUCAAGGACUCCGGUAUGUCGAUGGACAUGGGGCGUUCCCAUGGUGAAUUCUUCGGCCCACUGAACGGUGAUCGAGGUUUGCAUGGUGGUUGGGAAUCACGAGGAGCCAUGAGCGAUAUCUUCCUCCAAGAUACAAUGUCUGGUAAGGUUGGCACUGGUCCAGGCACCAUUGAGAUGGAUUCUUAUGCUCAUUUCAUGAUGCAACAACAACAGCAGCAGAUGAGGAACCCACAACGCAACAUGGAUAGACAAAACCAAGGCAACUACCAGGGUAACUACAACAAUCCGCCACCACGCCUACAGCAGCAUAUGAAUCAACAGGGUAUGGGAAUGGGUAAGGACGGAGGAGGGGGUGGAUACAUGGGUCAAAGGUCAAACCUGUCAGGGCAACGAGACAACAAACCACCACGUAUGAGCAAGAUGACCUCCGACCAGCUCAACCUUCGUCCCAACUCCAGCAACAUUUCUCUCAAGCCCCAGGGUCCUAGCAUGUUACCUCCUAGUACCAAAAAGACAUCAUCUCAGCCUCCUAGCCUUGUCCCUUCCAAACCCAACAACCCAACUCCAUCAUCUCAACAACCUCCGGUUGGUAACCUGCAGUCUGGUUUCCCUCCAUUGAGCGUCAAGCAGAGUACCAGUUCAGAACGUGGCAAGCAAGCAAAGAAACAAACACCCAGCAAGGAGGACUUGCUCAAGUCUAUGGAGACCUUGAUGAAGUCUUACUUGACUUCCGAUGACCUGACAGCAGCAGUUGACGGUUGGAAGGAUUUGCGUGUAGCUGGAGAGUAUGUCGCUGCCUUGCUGUGUAGCAUCAUGACGGAGGCGCUCACUAAGGGGGACACGGAAAGGGAAAGCGUCAGUAAAUUCAUCACAGCACUCAAACAGAAUGAUGCCGUCACAUCAGCACAGUUCAUAGAUGGGUUCACAUCCCUCUUGGAGCGUUCCACUGACCUAGAAGCAGAGGUAGCCCUCAUCAAGUCUCACAUGGCCAGUUUGGCUGCUCGUGCUAUCGUUGAUGACGUGGCUCAUCUCGCUGACAUCGCCAAACCCUUGGAGUCUGGUGCCUACUAUCCUCUCUUUCUUCUGUGUCUUCAGAAACUUCACAAGAUGAAGGACAAGGAAUGGCUUGUCAAUCUCUUCAGUGCAAGCAAGGUGAACAUGAUGCUGAUGUUACCUGAGAUUGACCAGAGGAAGGAGCGCAUGAUGGAUAUUCUUGAUGAUAAGGGCCUGAGUUUCUUGUUCCCACUGCUGAGGGUUCAGGCAGACAUCUGGAAGCAGAUAACGACAGAGCCCAACCCUUCCGCACUUUACAAAUGGAUCCGAGAUAACAUACCGACCAAAAUACAUGCGGACAAGGGUUUCAUCAACGCUCUGGCAACAAGCAUCAUCAAGUUUGUAACUUCCCAGACCACUCUGGCUGAAGGUAUUGAUUCCAGCGUUGCCCCAGACAAGCCCCUGCAAGACAAGGAACGAGCCCUGCUGGAAAAAUUCAAAGCUGUCCUACAGAAGUUCGUCCACGAGAGCGUUGCCUUGCAGCUCAGUGCAUUGUAUGCAUUGCAGGUGCAUUGUAAUAAUAGCGGGUUCCCCAAAGGCAUGUUGCUGCGUUUCUUCGUCAACUUCUACAACAUGGAGGUCAUUGAAGAAGAAGCUUUCUUGAAAUGGAAGGAAGACAUCUCGGAUGAACAUCCAGGAAAGGGCAAGGCACUAUUCCAGGUUAACCAGUGGCUGACCUGGCUGGCAACCGCUGAAGAGGAAGAGGACUCUGAAGACGAGGACCCAGACCAAUAAAGUAUUGUAGGCUGUCAUUUGGAUUUGUGCAGGGUGUAGUCUGUUACCCUGAUUGUAAGGGUGGCUUAGAGUUGCUCUAGUGUGAGAAUUCGCUCAACAGUCCAAGGUACUCGGCUGAUAAUUGAUAAUUUUUUUGGGGGGGUUGACCUUAGCAGGAGACAAAGAGAUGAAAUAACUAGCUUUAGGAGGAGGUUCCCUGGAACGCAUUCCCAACCAUGUGAUUUUGAUCGUUAAUAGAAUUGUUAACAGGUGAAUUUAUCCACUAUAACUAAUAUGAUAUUUUAAAACAUGUUAAAGCCAAAAUGUAAGGUUCUGGGAUCACUUAUCCAACUUGCAUGCCCGCAGUAUCUUUGUGGAAAGUUUUGUGGCCAGUAGGAAUUUCUUCAGCAACUUCACUGUUAUUUCGAAAAAUGAGUUGUAUUAACAUCUGUUAUUGCCUCCCUAACAGCUUCAAAAUUUAGGAAUGGUAUGUUUCAUUCAGGGACUGACAGUAGCUAAUUCAAGGGAUUUAGCAGUGUCGAGUGAUGCUGUCUGCACCAAGACAACCAGCAUUUUUGUCUCAUUUCAGUCCCAGAAUGCCUUGUUCUCUAUUUUGUGUGAUGGGUAGUAUUUUUGAAACAUGGCUACAGCAAAUCUGCUUGUUGCUCCAGAAAACGGUCUGCCGGUCUACAGUUAAAGGCCUGCCAUUUUAUUACAGUCAUGAGGAUUGCUUAUGGACACUGAAGAAUAUGAAGUUCUCCCUCAUUAAUGCCAUUUCGUGGGCUGUUUCUUCACUUCCAUUUUGUAAGAAGAGUUAAAUCUGGCUGUGCCAAAUAUUGAAAUUUACCCCAUGAAGAUAAGAAAUAAUCUCGAUGUAGAGUUUAGAUUAGUUCCCUAAACAGGAAAGUGCAAGAACUGGAGUGAACAUUGAUAUUGUCUGGUGCUAUUGUCGUGUGUCGAAAACAGUUUGUAAUAUUUAACCUGCCAGGUUUUCUUUUUGUUUCUGGCAUUCCAAGUUGCUAAUUAGAAACACUUGCUGUUGGAUAUGCUUAUGCUUGUGGCUAGUAUUACUAAAUGCUUGAUAAGGUAAUUGGCUAUUAAACAAAUAUGAUUUCUUCCUAUCUAUACAAUCUGCCCGGUUCCCUUGUCAAGCAAUUUUUUUUUUCUAUCUGCGUGAUGUUUGGGGAAAGUGUUUGUUUUGAUGGUCAAAGAUGGUAUGACAUGGAAUGCCUCUCCCAACUCAGAGAAAGUUUGGGUGUUUUGCUGUUAACUAUACUUGGACCAGAGGGUAAAUCCUUUUUACUUAUGCAUUCAUGCUCAGUCCAGUCACACUCAAAUCACCCUUGUCAAACUGUCUUGUGAAGUCUUACCAUCAUUCACCUGUUGCCAUUGAUUGUAACUCUCUUGGUGUUCAUGGUCUGUAGUACCUCAUGUGAUUAUUUUAUUGUGAAUGGUUCCCCCGUGUUUACAUGCAAUGGCUGUUGAAAAACCAAUAGUGCAACCAUGCCCCAAGGUCUUGUUCCUAAUGGGCUAUCAGCCCCGAGCUGAAGUGCACCGUCAAGUGGCGAAAGAAAGACAGGUGGUUACAAGCAGGUUUUACAUGCGUUCUGUGUGUACGCAAAGACCAUACAUGCCGGAAUACAUUAGUUACGUGUACUCAGCGUGCUCCGCGUCAAAUGUGCCUAUACUUGUGUGCCUCAUGGUGCGCCAGUGCGCUGAGUACCAACAAAAACAUGCCCUUUUUUGUUCCGCUUGGAGCGGAUUAGAUGGAACUGUCCACCAUUUGGGCAAUUGUGGUCCAACUAUGGUCAACUGUGGUCAUCCUUCAAACUUUCCCUCAGUUCACAUUGCCUGGUAAUCCUCCUGGAUCCAUCAAAGUACACCUGGCUGUGGGGCAUUGGUAGAAUAGAGGUUCCCAAUAGUGUGCCUCCAAGAGUUUGCCAUGCGUUGGCCAGUCACCGCAUGCGAAAUUUGUUGACCCUUUCCAAAUGCACAUUGGGUGGACAGAUUUUGCCAACGUGAUUGGCCAAUGUGUUGCCAACUCUUGGCAGCACUGUUGUAUAGACCAAAUAAGGUGGUGUGAGGGGAUGGAAAAAUAAAGUUUGGGUUAAAAAUCUCAUAUUUAUUCUCAAAAUGUUGCCUUUAAUUUCUGAAUCCCAACUUCCUGAUGUACAGUUAGAUAGCAAAAUUUUGAAUCAGUGUGAAACUAAUUUGUAUUAAACUCAAAAAGUAAGACAGUAAAAUGACAUAUCACUAAGUGUAGAUUUUCAAAGUGUAGACAAAACUUGCAAUAUUGGAGCAGUUAAUACUGUCUAAUGUAGGUUUCAUCCCCAAUCAUUCCUAAAUGUAAUGAAGCAUGCUUCCAAUGUUUGCUUCCUUUUCUUUUCGGUUUUUAGAAGUCACAAGUUGAAUUUAGCUGUCUCAAUACUUAAUCAGCAUUUAUGGAAAACUGUAUCAAGUAUGUUUUGUACAUCUGCUGGAAUAAUGCUUUCUACGUAAGUCAGUGUGACUUUCAAUUUGGAACUUUGCACAGAAAAAUGUUCAGAAUUUCACAUUGAUGUUUGUGUAGAUUAUGUCUGGUUUUAUUUAUCGACUAUAAGCGAGCAGUAAGCCAAAACCAAACUGUAGUCUGCAACUAAUACACGGUUGGGUAGUGACAUGUGUAAAAGUAAUGCCUGCUUUUAUAUAGUACUUUUAAGUCCUGAUCAGUAUGUAUUACAUUUCAUGUUACCCCUGAUAGGUCAGCUUAUAGUCGACCAUAGAUACAUGUACAAGGAUGUGUUUCUAUGUUGCUGCAAAAGUACAUUGAUGUUGUGUUCAGUGAUGUCAAAUUAACGAAGUGUGUUUUUACACAUUUCCCUGUACAUGUUGCAUGUUGGGGAAACCGAUUGCAAUUUAUCAAAUCAUGACUUUGAUUCAUCCUUCUGGUACAGUCUGAUCUUGGGUGUCCAUUUGCUGCUGCAGAAGUGUCAGGUGUUAAAGAAAGUCUGUGGCAGAUUUCUGUGGAGCCACAGCUGAAGUCGUUGCUUGGUAAUUGGCUCUGAUAAGGUACAGUGCCUCGCCUUUGGUGCCUAGGAAAAAAAACUUGGAUUCUUGAAGACUGUGUCACAAGACUACAAACUAGAUACCCUAUCAUGCCUAUUGAACGUACAGAGGACAGAGAAACAAUGCACUAGAAUCCAAUUGUGUAUCUGAGGCUCUUCUGAAAGAAAAAUUCUCCAAAUAUUUAAAACCCAGCGAUGCACUUGAAGUAUUAUUGUAGUUGUAUAGAGGUAGAUUGUAGUUUAAAUGUCUCUUUAAAUAGUCACGUGAGAAUAUUUGUGCUAUGUGUAGACUUAAAAGGUACAUUUCUCAUUCCUUUUUUGUCUAAGUACACUCAGAAUAUAGACUCUCAAGUCAAAAUUGUGGAAAUAAAAUUCAUUGUGUUUGAGUCGCAUUACAAACCA